UAAUAGUUUUACGCCUACUCCAUCUUGCACCACAUUCUCUUGGUACUGUAAUUGGCAAUUUGGCAGUGCGAGAACAAGCUCCGGCAUUUCACUGUUUAAAACGAUCAGAUUUUCGGUCGCUGAUAACAUUAAUGAUAAAUUGAUAAUACAUGUAGGGCUUUUUAUCCGGCACGAAGUUCGCAAAGGUGCAAUACCGUUAACCGCAUCUGUUCAUAUUGCAGCCACCAGACACCAGCGGUUACUAGAUUUUCGAAGCUGAAAGCUCAACCCUGGAUGGAUCGCAAUCACCAGUGCAGCCACAUCACUGCAAGCGCACUGCAGAACACUGAAAAACAGAAUUUAUCAACUUUUUAUGAUUUAUCUUUGAACACAAGCAGAAGGAGAUGCAACGAAUCAAGAUUGGAAUCAUCGGUGGAACCGGUUUGGAUGAGCCGAAUAUUUUAAAAAAUCCUCAGCGCAAAGAAGUCACUACACCUUGGGGACCGCCAUCGGAUCGGUUGGUUCUUGGAGACAUUCAUGGAGUUCCCGUGGUCCUUCUGGCUCGACAUGGUCGACACCAUUCCAUUCAUCCGGGCUUAAUCAAUUACCGUGCCAAUUUAUGGGCACUGAAAGAAGAAGGAUGCACUCAUGUGAUUGUUACGAAUGCCGUUGGCUCGUUGCGAGAGGAAAUGCAGCCAGGAGAUAUUGUCUUACUUGACCAGUUUAUUGACAGGACAACCAGACGAGAGCAGACAUUUUACGAUGGAACGCCGACCGGACUUCCGGGUAUCUGCCACAUUCCUAUGGCCACACCAUUUUGCGAAGAGACUCGUCAAGUGCUCUUGUCGGUGAUUCGAUCAAUGAAUGUGCCGGUUCGACUCCAUGAGCGCGGAACAAUCAUGGUCAUCGAAGGGCCACGUUACGCCUCAAAAGCCGAAAGCCAUCUGCAUCGGCUGUUCAAUUGCGACGUUGUGGGGAUGACGAGUGUUCCGGAAGUGGUCCUGGCCAAUGAGUUAGGAUUGUCGUACAAUUCCAUUGCGCUGGUUACCGAUAUGGACUGCUGGAAGGAAGAUGCGGUACAUGUCACCGCUGAUUUGGUAGUGCAGCGUUUUAACCAGUUUUCCAGGAUACUGGUGGAUGUUCUGCAUAAUGCUAUUCUGAAAAUGAAGGAGUAUGAUUGGGAACCGAUGAUCAGACAGAGACAGUUAAUGCUACGCGAUGCAAUCAUGUUACCGAAAGCGAGCGAGAAAGAUCAUCCGUUUGUCAAUCCAAUUCCACCGGCAGAUGUUUCGAUCCCGGAUGAUAAGCGAAUCCCAAAAGUGCAUGGAAAUGAAAAGAAAAAGCCGGCCUCUGGUGAAACCGCUGAUCUGCCAUGAACGAAGCUCAAUAAAUCAGAAACUGUUUAAAAAUUCCCUUUUCUGAUAUGAAUUAUAUAAAGGCCUAAGGCUGACUAUUAUUUGUUCACGCUUGUAUUAGCUGCAUGGUAAACUGAUCGUUUUGUCCAUGUUUCUUUUUCACCGGAGUUUUUUCUGCAAAUCGUGCAGAAUGUAAUACCAUUUGCAAACGUUCAAACUAACUGCUAAAAUCUCCUAUUUUAUGGUACUGUAAAACUUAUGGUCAGCAGGAUUUUAAUUAAGUAGUCUUCCACCAAUUUACUAUCGAAAUGUUAUAAACGGCAUGGUUGAACGGUAGAACCUGUGAAGACGU